AUCUGCGAUCGAGAGCCGGUUUCAUCGAAUUUUUGGUCAUUUCCUUAAUAUUCUCCGGCCAAACCUAAUGAACUCACAGUGGAAAUUCUUUAGUUACAAAUUUCCUCAAAUAAUUUAAAAUAUAUCUAAGGCGUGACAAACACGUCACGUACUGCGUGACUUGAUGCCUGUUCAUUUCUACUUGAAGACGUGUGAUUCGGUCGAGGUUCCCUGAGGUACGACGAAUAUUCAUCGCCUCCAAGGCAGAGAAACGCAAAGAUGUCUAAGUCUUUGAAUUUGGGAUUUAGUUACUUCAUUGACAGUGCCCUGCAAACUGCUACCAAACGCUUUUCACACAAGAAACUGUGGAAUGUUGUACUUCAUGUUGUGACUUCCUGGCCCAUGGCUUGGGCCAUGCUAUGUAUUGGACGCAAUUUUCUACCAAUCUCUCUUCAGUUUUUCUUAAUUAUUGUGAAAUGUCUCCUGUGCAUUACACAAGAGCCUCCAAUUGGGUUUGUCUAUUCCAUUUUCUACAAUAUCGUGGCAUACUAUGCUGUAUAUAUACACACCAGUGUAACAACUUUCCAAGCUGGUAUUGUCAUCAGUAUAUGCCUGGCAUUUCAAUUCUUGAGUCACCUUCUCUUGGAAGGUGAAACUCCCCAGAGACUACCAACCAAAGAAGACAACCUGCUAUUUCAAGUUAUGGAUCUGGCAAAUGAGUUCUUCCUGGCACCAUUCCAUUUCAGCUUAACGUUAUUGAUCAGGUUUGACUUUCUACCAAUUUUAAGGUGGCGCUCAGAUGCAGCAUUACACAAACUUAUAACUUCAACGCAAGAGAUCAAGUAUGGCAAAAAGUCGCCAUGACAUGCCAUGUUCAACUGCAAAUUGUUUCAGUCUAAUUUUUAAGUAUUUUAUGGAAGAGACACUUAUGAACUUACACUGAACCAUGAAACUGUGACUGAGCAAAUACUAGGCACUUUAGGGCCUGUCUACUCAGAGGUGAGGGACCUUAGGUAGGCAAUCAAGGUAGCUCACCUGUCCAAACAAUCUCUUAUUUUAUCUUGAUCAUGUUUACAUGAUGGGUGGGGUAACCCACCAAGGCAGGUUUCCCUGUCUGCAAGGUAUGAUAACCCUGUUGGCCGUGCUAGCUUAGCCUGGGUCACAUUCACGUUACAUUUACAAGCACACCAACAACCUCAUCCUAGGAUCAAGGGGUUGUAAGAUUGUAGGUAAAUACAGGCUAUAUUUUAACAACAGCUAUGCAGGUUACCUCACCUACCUGGGGGCCCCUCACCUUCUUGUUCAAAGGCCCUUAGCCCUUUCACCCUCAGAAGUGACCAAAAAGACAUUCCUCCUUACCACAUCAAUUUAUUUUACAGCAGAGGGAUGAUGAGAAGAAAGACAAUUAUCAACUAUAGGAAAAAUUUUUAACAGCAGAUUCUUUGUGCUAAAAUUAUUAGAAGUGUAUGCCAAGCAUUGUAGAAAAUUGGUGCUUACAUAUUAAGAAUGAGAGGAUCAGUUCCUUUGUAUCCUGUGCAGUUUAAUAUUUUGGCCCCAAAAUUUUCCCUUUCAGUGCUUUGUGAUACACAGUUUGUCAUUUGAAUUAUAUCAGUAAUCAGAAUUCAGCUGUUAACUUACUUCCCACAGCAGACAAAAAUAUUCAGAAUGGCAAAACAUGGAGUUUUUAUUGAUUGAACUGUUCAUAUUUUACCAUUAGUAACAUAAAAAUUCUUUGGUUAUAGAUGUCUCUAAUAUAUUAUGUUAUAUGGUAAAUGUUUUGAAUUCCAGAGUAACAUUUGAUUUCAUGGUCCUAUCAUCCAAAUGCAACGGUUCCCAUUUUUUUCUUAUUGUGGGCAUAUAGUCAUUUAAGAACACACAUGCUCUACUUCUAGACCCUCACAAAUAACAAGGAAAAAAGUCACCCUUACUCGGGGAGUAUCAUGGAGGUGCGAGGGCCUCAUGGUUGGUGUACUCAACUCCGGAUGGAGUGAGCCCCAGCUGGGGACAUUGUGUUGUGUUCUUGGGCAAGACACUUUACUCUCAAAGUGCCUCUUCACCCAGGUGUUUCAAUGGG